GGCCAGAUUCCCACUGGGGCAAAGGGUCCGUUUCUGAGUCUGCCUGUAACUAUGCAAGGCAACCGGAAAUCGGCUGCCCUUAGUAAAGAUGGCGGAACGAACGGCGUCAUUGCUUGUGCUGUGGCAUCGACGCCCUCGCUCAACAUGGCGGCCCUUUGUGCCCGCCCCCUCGGCUAACUGGCGGGUUUGUGGGUCAGAAUACGCAGUAGAUGAUGGCGGGAGCGAUGGCGGCAGGAAUGGUGGCUUCUCGCAGACUCCGUGACCUGCUGACCCGGCGACUGACAGCCUCCAACCACCCGGGCCUCAGUAUUAGCCUUCGCCUCACCGGCUCCUCUGCAAAACAGGAGGCUUCUGGAGUAGCCCCUGGUGAAGCCCCAGACCACAGCUAUGAGUCCCUUCGUGUGACGUCUGUACAGAAACAUGUUCUGCACGUCCAGCUCAACCGGCCCGACAAGAGGAAUGCCAUGAACAGGGUUUUCUGGAGAGAGAUGGUAGAGUGCUUCAACAAGAUUUCAAGAGACGCUGACUGUCGGGCGGUGGUGAUCUCUGGUGCAGGAAAAAUGUUCACUGCAGGUAUUGACCUGAUGGACAUGGCUUCCGAUAUCAUGCAGCCUAAAGGAGAUGAUGUGGCCCGGAUCAGCUGGAACCUCCGUGACCUCAUCACUCGAUACCAGGAGACCUUCACCGUCAUCGAGAAGUGCCCCAAGCCUGUGAUUGCUGCUGUCCACGGGGGCUGCAUUGGCGGAGGUGUGGACCUUGUCACCGCCUGUGACAUCCGGUACUGUGCCCAGGACGCUUUCUUCCAGGUGAAGGAGGCGGACAUAGGUUUGGCUGCCGAUGUAGGAACACUGCAGCGCCUGCCCAGGGUCAUCGGGAACCAGAGCCUUGUCAACGAGCUGGCCUUCACCGCCCGCAAGAUGAUGGCUGACGAGGCGCUAGGCAGCGGGCUGGUCAGCCGGGUGUUCCCAGACAAGGAAGUCAUGCUCGAUGCAGCCUUAGCGCUGGCAGCCGAGAUUUCCAGCAAGAGCCCUGUGGCGGUGCAGGGCACCAAGGUCAACCUGCUCUAUUCUCGCGACCAUUCGGUGGCUGAGGGCCUCAACUACAUGCUCUUCUCACAGGACGAGCCACCAGCCCAGCAGAGAGCGAUGAACUUUGUCCCUGCACCGGGCUACCAGCCCACCUACAACCCGACGCUGCCCUACUGCAAGCCCAUCCCGGGCGGACUCAGCGUGGGAAUGUCUGUUUACAUCCAAGGAGUGGCCAGCGACCACAUGAAGCGGUUCUCUGUGAACUUCGUGGUGGGGCAGGACCCAGGCUCAGACAUCGCUUUCCACUUCAACCCGAGGUUUGAUGGCUUGGACAAGGUGGUUUUCAACACGCUGCAGGGCGGGAAGUGGGGCAGCGAGGAGAAGAAGAGGAGCAUGCCCUUCAAAAAGGGCGCCGCCUUCGAGCUGGUCAUCAUGGUCCUGGCCGAGCACUACAAGGUGGUGGUAAAUGGAAAUCCCUUCUAUGAGUACGGGCACCGGCUCCCUCUACAGAUGGUCACCCACCUGCAAGUGGAUGGCGACCUGCAAGUUCAAUCAAUCAACUUCAUCGGAGGCCAGCCGCCCCCGCCACCCCAGGGACCCCAGAUGAUGCCAGCUUACCCUGGUCCUGGACAUUUCCCUCAACAGCUGAACAGCCUGCCCUCUAUGGAGGGACCCCCAGUCUUCAACCCGCCUGUGCCGUAUUUCGGGAGGUUGCAAGGAGGGCUCACAGCUCGAAGAACUAUCAUCAUCAAGGGCUUUGUGCCCCCCACAGGCAAGAGCUUUACCAUCAACUUCAAGGUGGGCUCCUCAGGGGACAUCGCUCUGCACAUUAAUCCCCGUAUCAGUGACCGUGCCGUGGUCCGGAACAGCCUGGUGAAUGGCUCGUGGGGCUCUGAGGAGAGGAACAUUUCCUACAACCCGUUUGGUCCCGGACAGUUCUUUGAUCUGUCCAUUCGCUGUGGCUUGGAUCGCUUCAAGGUUUUCGCCAACGGUCAGCAUCUCUUUGACUUCGCCCAUCGCCUCUCAGCCUUCCAGAGGGUGGACACGGUGGAAGUCCAUGGUGAUGUCACCUUGUCUUAUGUCCAGAUCUAAUCUAUUCCUGGAGCUGUAUAACUCAUGAGAAAACAGAAAGAUUUCCUGGGACUCCUUUCUAAGCCCCUAAUAAAAUGUCUGAGGGAGUCU